AAGUUUUCCGAUAAUAAUUAAGAAACAAAAUGCUCGGCGCGACGUUUUUAACGCAAUUGUGGCUAUGCCGGUCGAUUUUGAGUUACCCCCUCACCAUAUGCAUUGUUUUGUAUUGCAGCAACAACAAGGACUUGCACCGUCUGAGACCCCCGUCGGCGUCGGGACGCCCCCCGGCCGAAAUCCUCGUCUACUGGAACGUCCCGACGUUCCAAUGCGACGCCCACCAGCUGAACUUCUCCGGCUUGGUCGAGAAAUUCGGGAUCGUCCAGAACCAGAACGGGCGGUUCUGGGGCCGAAUGGUGAACAUCCUGUACGAUCCAGGCCGGUUCCCGGCGCUCCUGCGAAACGGCAGCAGGAACGGCGGCGUGCCGCAGGAGGGCGACCUCGCCGAGCACUUGAAGGCCUUCCAGGAGUCGUUGGACGAUGUUGUGCCGGAUGAAUCGUUUGCAGGAAUUGGUAUAAUCGACUUCGAAAGUUGGAGGCCGGUGUUCCGGCAGAACUUCGGGUCGUUGACGAACUACCGGAGGGCUUCGGUGGCCCUGGAAAGGGAGAAACAUCCCGGCUGGUCGGAGAAGGAGCUAGAGCAUGAGGCUGCUCGAAGGUUCGAAGGCGGCGCCAGGAAAUUCAUGGAGAACACGCUGGUGGCGGCCAAAAGGGCGAGACCUCGGGCGUUUUGGGGCUACUACGCUUAUCCAUAUUGCUUCAACAUGUCGCCCAACAGCAUGAGAGAGGCCUGCCCGAAGGAGGUCACAGCUGAAAACGAUAGAACGAAAUGGUUGUUCAAAUUGGUGGAUAAUUUUCACCCGUCUUUGUACUUGCAGAAAUUGCGAAUGAACGCGAGCCAAAAGGUGCAGAUGAUUGAAGGGCGCAUUAACGAGGCGCACCGGAUUUCGGAAAAAUUUAAUAUUCGACCAAGAAUCGUUCCCUAUUAUUGGUUCAAGUACCAGGAUAAACAUCAGCAAUUCGUAACCAAGCAAGAUCUCUUCGAGUCUUUCAUUGCGUUAGCAAGUUUUAAAAUCGACGGUUUGGUAAUUUGGGGCAGCAGUAACGAUGUGAAUACAAGGAAAAAAUGUCAUGAGCUCUACCACUACAUCGAUAACGUGUUGGGACCUUUAAUAAAGCAUAUCUUUUAAUACCAAUGAAAAUCUUUAAAUAUCAAUAAUUCAACAUCUUCAUGGGGAACUGGUGAUGAUUUCACGAGGGGUUAUUUCCUUUAGUUGUAUGGAAAAUACGAUGGAACAUUUUGGUACCAGUGUUAAAUACAUAUCGUAGAAAUUUUUUAAAUUCCAUUGUGUAGGGAAGUUGUAGAUUAUUUGUUUUUUUUUGCUAAAUAAAUAUACUAUUUAUUUUGAUAUAAAAUACGUUGUUUUAAACUUAUACUUUCUAAAUAAUGAUUCUAAAUAAUUAGUAUAUUUAUACUCCGCUCGUCAUCAGGAGAUGACCUAAGAGAACCUCAUUUUGUAUACAAAACUCCCACGAAGAAUUCAAUUCAACGAAAAAAUAAAAAAAUUCAAAAAAGUUUUACGACUGUGUAAUAUCAAUUAAUAUCAAUUAUUAAUAUUUUAACCAUAUUUUAUCACUGUCUCCUGAUCGCGAACGGAGUAUAGGUAUAAUGUAAUCAGUGUUGUUAAGUAAUUAAUUACAAGUAAUUAAAAAAGUAAUUGAAUUACUUUUAUUGUAAUUGAGGCGGUAAUUAAUUACAAGCUCCUCAAUUGUAAUUCAUUUGUAAUUCAAUUACUC